AUGGCAUCCCUCAUGCACAAGGCUCGGAAGCCCAAGUUCGAUAUCUCGGAUCUGAACAAUGUGCCCCUCGUUUCAGGAGGGUCCUUCGUCAAGUGGCAUCUCCCCCACAGUAUACACGGAGAACACCGGGGACGGACCCAGAAAUGCCCCAUAUUAAACCACCGGGUUGAGUACCACUACUCCAAGAUCAUCUCCGUGCGGAUUGCCAUCGACCGCAACGGCAACCUCUCCGAGUGUCCUAUCGAGUUUGAGGUGCUACAGGAAUUCAGUAGCGGGAACGGCAACUCAAGCAGCCGAGACGAGAAGAUCACGCUCGGCACUGUUCGUCUCAACCUCAGCGAGUAUGUGGAAGAGAGCGAGGGGAUAUUACGCGAUGGUGGCGUCGCAACGGCCAUCAAGGAAGCUUCUAUUCCUUCGGGCCACCGGCGCAAACACACUCCCCAGAGCAUCAACACCACAGCCGAAGCACAGGACACAAGCCCAGGAUCGCACGCCUCCGAAGCCGAAGAGGAAACCCGGAUAGCAGAGGUCCAGGACGGCGUGGUGCGACGAUAUCUCAUGCAGGACAGUAAGAUCAACUCCACGCUGAGGAUCAGCAUCCUAAUGGUCCAGGUCGACGGCGAGCGCAACUACGUCGCCCCGGCUCCCAAGACUGCCGCCGUGUUUGGCAGCAUCGCCGGAUUCGUAGCAAGCGACGUGUUUGAGCCUGUCGAUACCGGGCCCAAGACGCCAGGCCAUGUCCCAUCUUCCCUCACCGGCAAAUCCCGGGACGUCUUCGAGCUUCAAGACAUGUACCGCCGUGCUCUCGCCGCUAGCUGGGCAAGCCAACCAGGCGAGCUACCCGCUGACCAGUGUAUCGAGGACAUCUUCGCGGGGGGCGAAGGCUUCGCAUCGCCCACAACCUCCCACCACGUACGCGGACAGUCCCGACAGCACCACCACCACGCCGGAUUUGCAGGACACGACAGGCCCGGCGCGGCUAACAUUGGGAGAAGUUCUCCUCUCGAUGUCAGACACGACCCUCGAGGGGACGACAACAGUGGCUCCGUUUCAGACGACGAAGAAGAAGAAAGCGGCGACGUCAUGGGCACCAUCCGGCCGCGCGACGUGGCCCGCCUAUCCCGGCGCCUCCACCACCAUCACCACUUCCGCGAGCACAGCGUUGCGAGCGAUCGGACCGUGGUUGUAGAUCGGGAUUGGGAUCCGUACCGGGAUCGGGAUCGGGAUCUGGACCGCGAGUCGAGCCGCAGCAUCGGCCUCUUUCCCAGUGCGUCACAUCGCGACCUGCUGCAGGCGCUCCACCACGCCCACCCUCACAGUCACAGGCGGGAGGAGAGCAGGGCUACGGCCGUUGGGGGUGAAGGCGGGCUGCGGAGCCGGAGUGACAGUCUGGCCAGCCUCGCUACCACGGUCGGGAGCGAGCGGGACAACCGGGGUAGAGACAGCGGUUUCAAGCGGGCGAGGGAGGUGGAUGAGUUCGAAGUGCGGGAGGACUUGGUCGCGUGGAGUAUUCCUGGUGCUCAGUUAUAA